ACAAACUUGCAUGAAAGUUUGGAAAGCGAUGUCAAGAAAACAAGGAUUAGAAAAGUAGAAAUCGGUGUUCCGGUAUACAAACUACUGGCUUGGAAUUAGCAACACAGUCUUUUUUGCUUGAAUUUAAUACUUUAAUGCUGGCUAAAAGCAUUAGCUCAAAUUUGCGCAUGUAGCAAGCAUUUGUUUCCUGUCACAUUGCAAAGCAAGCUUCUUUUUAAAACUGAGGCAGAGCAGGCAGAAGGAAAUGAGCAAGGACUGGUACUAAAAGUGCGAACAGAAGCCGGGACUUCUUUGCUGAAUUUUUGUGAAUUAUCCUGGCUAAUUUUUUGUUGAACUCUGAAGGUAACAUUAUGUCUCGAUGAUGGGUCAAGUUCAGAGCAGGGGGCAUCGUAAACAUAUUGAUCAGCUCCCAAAUGAUUUUCCUGAUCUGCGAGAGCUGCCUCCUGAGGUUGCUAUUGCAAUACUUGCCAAGUUAAAUGCAACAGACCUUUGUCUUGCUGCCUGUGUAUGGGAAGACCUGGCAGAGGACGACAUAUUGUGGAAAAGACUGUGUUAUGAAAAGUGGGGAUAUGUCACAGCUUACAGAAAACUCUCAAUUAGAAGUUCCAUCAAGGUAAUGACCUUCAAGCAGUUGUUUCUUCUACUUGAUGAGGCAACACUUCACUUUUCUUAUGAGCCACACCAGGCAAUACAGUACCUUAUUGAUAAUGAAGUUCUAGAUGACAACCCUGUGGAAAUAGCUCAAAUGUUUAAUAACACCAAGGAAUUGUAUUCAAAUAGUAUGCAUACAUUCUUGAAUGAAAGGCACGAUGUUCUGGAUGAGCUUGUCCACUUCCAAGACUACACUAAUUUGUUUUUGUCAGAUGCAAUGAGGCAGUUUUUCAAGAAGAUACCCCCACCUAAGCAGAGAGGUGAAUAUUUUGAAAUGCUAAUGGAAAAAUUUUCUUCCUGGUACUUUGAAUGCAAUCAAAACUCCGGAUUAUCAAAAGACGGCAUAUCAGUUUUAGCCUACUCUCUGCUGCUAUUAAGCGUCGAUUUAUACAGCCCCCACGUAAAGAACAAGAUGUCGAAGAGAGAAUUCAUUCGAAAUAGCCGGCAGAUUGUAGCGGAUUUCAACAGAGAACAGCUCAGUGAUCUAUAUGAUGAUGUCUAUCUUAAUGGACACAUAGCUGGAAUGCCAAUGAAGAUGAAUAUGAAGCUGAGGCAGCCAUUUAGGCCGUAUGGUGUUCUAUUUGAGUUGAAGUCUUGGAAUGUUCAGUCAUGUUGCCAGUAACAAUUUCUGCACUUUUUACUUAAAAUCAGAGUCCAGAAAGAUGUCCGUCUUUCGUUUGGAUAAUACCCUAAAGGGCCCAAGAUUGUCCUUAGUCAAACAGUCAAAACUAGGUGGGGUUUGGUGUUGUAGCUUUUGUUUUCAUAGGCCUUCUUUAGGGUUGUUGGCUGUGAGAUCGCGAUAUUUUCUGGGCUCUGCUUUAAAGGCAACAAUUGUGAGUUCAUUCAAAUUCAUUAAUAACGUCAGAAUCAGACUAUUACAUGCACACUCGAGCAGAACAGGAACUGCUGAUUCACUGCCUUUGAUCAACAAGCAAUGGCAAACAAAACAAAAACAUUAAAUGUCUCCCAGCUUAACUCUCCAUCAAGAAGAUCAUCCUUAUUCCUAUCAUGGUUUUCAUUCAGUCAUUUCAUUUUGUCAGUGACAACGUGCAUUCGAAAAAGUCCACAGACUCAAGCUCGUGUAUUUUUUAUGGUGGAUAUUUUUUCAAUUGUAUCUUCCACUAAAGCCUAGCUAAAUGGGCAUCUGUGUCAAAUCAUUGAAACUUUUCGAAAGGCCAUUUCGUCUGUCAAUUUGAUUGCUGAGCACGUUUAAUUUUCCUAUUGAAUUUUCAUCGAAUGAGUAGCAUGAAGUCAUUUUAUGUUUUGUAUGAAAUAAAUUUUUGAUGUGGUUGUUAUCUAAUUAAGAUCUUCA